AAGAAGGGAAGGGGAAGAGGCGGAGCCUGGGCGGCAGCAGCAGCAGCAGCAAUAGCAGCAGUGUCAAUAAUACAAUAGGGUUCUUGUGCCGCCGCCUGGCCUGCCAAGAGGGAGACUACAAGGGCAAGGGCCUGCGAGCGCGGAGAGCAAGGGGAGCGGGCGCCCGCCGAGCCGACAUGACGAAGGGGGCGAGCAGCUCGUAGUGCGGCCGGGCACAGGCCCGAAGACGGCGCGUGGACGAAGAAGGCGCUGUGGCUGCGAGGAAGAGGAACCCGAGGAAGAAAUGAGGGGCACGAAGUAGCAGCCGCCGUCGCCCCCUCAGCUCCGGGCCCCGGCGCACGCAUAAGCUGCCGCCGCCGCCGCCGCCGCCGCCGCCCUCUUCCGAGCCACAAGAUGACUGGAAGAUAAAGACUCCUGUGACAGGUCCUGCUCAUGUAGUGGAUGCGUCAGGAUGAAACGCCACAGGCAUCUAAGCAGUAGUGACAGUUCAGACAAUGAAAGUCCUUGUACUUCUUUUUCCUCUUGUUCUAAGUACCGGAGCAAAUCAAAAACUCCAGCAAAUGAGCAAAAGAAACCUGCUGAGGUGUUUCGAAAGGACCUCAUUAGUGCCAUGAAACUCCCAGAUUCCCAUCAUAUUAACCCGGAUGAGUAUUACCUCUUUGCGGACACAUGGAAACAAGAAUGGGAAAAAGGUGUGCAGGUCCCAGCCAGUCCAGACACUAUUCCACAGCCUUCUCUCAGAAUUGUAGCAGAAAAGGUGAAGGAGGUAUUGUAUACUCGACCUAGAAAGUACAUCCGUUGUUCAAGUCAAGAGCCCACUGAACCUGGCUAUAUCAACAUUCUAGAACUGGCAGAAUCAAUGUGUCGUUAUGACUUAGAUGACAUGGAUAUUUUCUGGCUUCAGGAAGUAAAUGGGGAGCUUGCUGAAAUGGGGUGUGGGCAGCUUGAUGAGAACACAAUGGAGAAAAUGGUGGAGGUCCUAGAACGUCAUUGUCAUGAAAAUAUGAACCAUGCCAUUGAGACAGAAGAGGGUCUGGGUAUAGAAUAUGAUGAGGAUGUAAUCUGUGAUGUGUGCCGGUCCCCUGACAGUGAAGAUGGGAACGAUAUGGUGUUCUGUGACAAAUGUAACAUCUGUGUACAUCAGGCAUGCUAUGGUAUCCUAAAGGUUCCUGAAGGAAGCUGGCUGUGCCGUACUUGUGUUCUAGGAAUACACCCUCAAUGUCUCUUAUGUCCAAAGAGAGGUGGGGCUAUGAAAGCUACAAGAACAGGAACCAAGUGGGCACAUGUGAGCUGUGCUCUGUGGAUUCCAGAGGUAAGCAUUGCUUGCCCAGAAAGGAUGGAACCGAUUACAAAAGUGUCGCAUAUUCCACCAAGUAGAUGGGCUUUAGUCUGCAGCUUAUGCAAAUUGAAAACUGGUGCUUGUAUUCAGUGCUCUGUGAAGAGCUGCAUCAUUGCCUUUCAUGUCACGUGUGCCUUUGAGCAUAGCCUAGAGAUGAAAACCAUCCUGGAUGAUGGUGAUGAGGUCAAGUUCAAGUCAUAUUGUCUGAAGCAUAGCAAAACCAAGCAGAACUUGGUGCCUAAUUCAGAUGACAACCCCAAGAGCACAGCAGACCAGAAGCAGACUGAGAGUGAGAAAACUAGUUUGCGUGCUCAGAAGCUUCGGGAGCUGGAGGAGGAGUUCUAUUCACUCGUGAGAAUAGAUGAUGUUGCAGCAGAACUGGGCCUCCCAAAGCUCACUGUGGACUUGAUCUAUAAUUAUUGGAAAUUAAAACGGAAAAGUAACUUUAAUAAACCAUUAUUUCCUCCCAAGGAGGAUGAAGAAAAUGGCUUAGUUCAGCCAAAAGAAGAUAGCAUUCACACUCGAAUGAGGAUGUUUAUGCACUUAAGGCAAGAUCUAGAGAGGGUAAGGAAUCUUUGCUACAUGGUAAGCAGAAGAGAGAAGUUAAAACUGUCUCACAGCAAAGCACAUGAGCAAGUUUUCAAUUUACAAGUUCAGCUUAUUAAUCAGGAAAUUGCUGCAGGCCAUGCUCUGACAAAUGCACUAGAGAAUACAUUGUUUUAUCCACCUCCUAGAAUCACCUUGAAACUAAAGAUGCCGAAAUCAGCAUUGGGGGAUUGCAAAAAUAAUUUGAAAUCUGGUAACAAGCCCCUUUCUCCUGACACCACCACCACACUUUACAGCAAAAAGGGCAUUCCAGUAUCUAAGGAAUCUUUUGUUUCACAUAUGAAAUCCUACUCGAGAUUUCAGCAUGAAAAUAGAAGCAAUGGCUUACUUGGAGGGAUUGUCAAGACUCGGAAUGAAACAAAGGAUUUUGGACAUGCACACUCAUCAGACUUCCAUCGUGGGCAAUCAUCUGGCAAACCCUUAGCACUUCAAGCUGUCUUACAUGGACAGUCCUCCAUUGGGAAUGGGAAAAUUCAGCAGAACUCUAAAAUAGCAAAAUCUAAUGGCUUGAUGAACAGGGUUGGGGAUGUCACUCAGCGAGACAGCUCCAGCCAGACAAUAUAUGAGCAGCAAUCUGUACUAUCUGCUCACUUGGCUAGCCAGAGCAGCUUCAGAAAAUCCACGAUAGAACACUUUAGCAGGUCCUUCAAGGAGGCAACCAACAGCUUGGUGAGGACCACAGAAGAUCUCAGAUGCUGUGAAAAACCCUCAAGAAGGCUUUCAACACGAGAGCGGACAUGGGGCAAGCAGACUCUUGAAUAUCAGAUGGGGAGUACCCCCUACCAGGACAAUGAUGGGUAUUGCCCUGAUCUAGAACUGAGUGACUCUGAAGCUGAGAGUGAUGAGAACAAAGGGCAGAUCAGAUUGAGGAAAAGCAGCUCAGAGAGAGAGAGUCCAAGUAAAGACUUCAAUAGAGAUUGUCACAGUAGAAACAAAAGACAUUUGAUUUCUCACAGUUCAGUGCAAAGGUGAUUAGAAACCCCUGAUUAUGGGGACAGCUCAGCCUUUGUACAUCCAAGCGUACUGGUGCAGACCCUGGAAUCUGCAGGUUAAAGAUGACAGUGCAGAGCCCAUAAGCAAGUGAAGUUAUUUUCUGAAUAGUGAGUUGGCUUGCCAUUUGGGGAAAAUGGUUAAAAAUUGAAUUUUCCAAGGUCAUUGUGUUAGUAACAUUUACUUUAUGUAUGACUUCCAGAUAUGGUUUUAUAUAUCAGCUUUCCUUUGUGGAAUCACAGUUAGGAUUUGUACUGGUGGGCAGGUGAUUUUUAUUUUAUUUUAAAUUAUUUAUUUAUAAAAGCCCUCCCAUCAUUCUGUGACAAUCUGCAAGAAGAUGAUCAGACCAUUCUUGUUGCAGAUGCAAUGUAACAUCAAUUCAUGAGAACACUUAAGCAGUCUAUUAACUUUAAAAGAAUUGUAACAGCAGGAAGAUCUGUGUAUUUGAAGUCAUGGGAUGCGUUUUAAGUGUUUUCUGGAUUAGGAUUUACAUGACUACUAGACACAAAUCAUGUUCUCAACCAAUUUUAGAAUGAAGGGUAUGCUCCUAAACAAGCUUCCUUGUGCGUAAGUCCAUUUUAAUUUAUGACUUGCUUUCAAGUAAGCCUGCAUAGGUUCAGAGUAUAAGUAAUAUUUACUCCCAACCUGCUGAGAAAGGUUUACAAAUACAGUCAAUGCUGCCAAACACAUGGACCUCUAGAUUUUUCCCCUUAUAGUUUGCUCCUGCUAAACAUUGUUUCCCUUUAGUGUAGCAGUUUGCUUUAUUCUGUAAUUGCUCUUUAACUUCUAGUAUUUUUUUAAAAAAAUCCCUAUGUACAAAGUAGCUUUUGUGGGUAGCACUUGUAAAAUAUUUUAUCCAGCCAGUACAAACAGCUGAUAUGUGGAUAAUGUUUAAUACUAGAAGUACUUAAUUGCUAACAUAUUCAGGCAAUCACCGGUGAUGCCAAACUUUCCCUGUUAACUCAGAAGGCUUUUUUGAACUCAGUCCCACCAUGCCACACACAAUACUUUGCCAGAUUUCUGAGACAAAAUAUUAAAAUAGGUAUAUACAAGGGAAUGUAUCUGUUGGUCUCCAAGUUAAAUAAUGAGGCAUGGUGAUUUGAAAUGUGUUUGAUUGCCAAACAACUUGGAAAAUAUUUAGGCCACUUUUACUGUCUCAUUAUUAUUAUUAUUAUUUGCAGUUAAUAUAUGUUAAACCCCAAAAGUCAAGAAGUUCCUUUCUUCAUGCCUGUCCUUUUUUAUUUUUAAUUGGAGGAAAACCAGGUUUCAGUGUCUGAAAAUUGUUUCAUUAGUGACAUAAUCACAAUAGGCAACGUCCAGACUAAUUGCUAAUUUGCUAUGGUGAGGGGCGAUUUUCACUGUGUUCCCUCUGAAGUCCACUGUGCCCCCUGAAAACAUGUCCAUGAGGAACAGAAGCCACAGUGGUCCAGAGGAAAGGGGAGCAGUGCUAGUGAAAAGUGUCCCUCCUCCGUUGUGCCAGCACAGCAUUUGUCUAGAUGUCAGUUAAUUUGUUUUUGUCAGUGAAAUACUAUACAUCUGAUGCAAAGGUCUGGGGAUAUAAAUCCAGUAAUUUAAUGUUUGGCAGAAAACAAAAGAGAGCAAAGUUUUCCUUAAAAACCGUAAGUCUGUUGCAUCUAGUUGGGAAUAAAAUGUUCUUGAGACAUUCAGUAAGGAAGUGAAACAAAAUUGGCACUUCUACAUUCUUCACUUCAGGCAUUCUUAAAGUUUUGUUUACUUUUAUUGAUUUUUUUUUGUAUGUUUGUAAUUUUGUUUUUCAAAGAUUUAUUUCAAGGCAUUUCCUUUGGUGUAGAUAUGCUGUAGCUUUAAAAAUGUUGUUCUUUUGUUGUUGAGAAAUGAUAGGCAUUUAAGUUGUGAGCCAUUCAGAAUGGUGCUGAAAAUGUUCACUUUUCUGUACAUCUGUUCUACAUAUUUUUAAUGUAUUUAUUAACAAUUUUUACUGGUCAUAAAAGUAAAUUGAUUUGAAUUUGGGAACAAUUACUUUGGUGGCCAGGAGAAGAAAACACAAUCAUGUUUCAUGCUUAGUGACAUGAGAAUAAUAUAUAAAGGAUGAGAAAUGGUGCUUCAGCAAGAUCCCAGAGUUUUGCUAGUUUAAGGGCAACUAAAAUAUAUCAGUCCAGGCAACUGUGUGUGUUCUUUUUAAUUUUACAUGAUUUUAAUAGAUACGUGAACGAGCCUUUGGCUGCAUUGUUUUCAGGUAUCUAUCUCCAAAGUGUAUUUGCUAGUUUUUACAGUGUGUUCAGUGGCUAACUUUGAAGUAUUACCUCUUAACCUAAUUUGUUUUCUUGUUUUGCUUUAUAUAAAUAAAUAAAUAUAUAUAUAUAUAUAUAUUCGAUUUUUCAAAAAUGGACUGUCUUUUUCAGACGUCCCCUUUUUACAAUACUUUUUUCAUUAAAUUAUGAAACUGCUAA